AUGGCCGACGACGAACUCAAGUCCCGAAAGCGAAAGCGAAAGCACGGGAAACAGAGCGAAUCCGCCAUUACGAAGGGUGACCCUGCAACCCAGAAGGGCAAAGAUCUGGUGCCAACAGAUGAUGCUCCAAAGGCCGACAAGAAGGUUUCAAAGAAACAAAAAGUAAAAGUCAAGGAGGUUGUCGACAAGAUUGUUGUGAAGGAGACCGUGCCGGGCCGCGAAGAAGAAGAAGAAGAAGAAGAAGAAGAGCUUCAAGGCCCGGUAGACGAAGUCGAGAGCCACUUUCGCGACGCUCAAGGCGAUACGGAGGUUGACGGUGCAGACGAGGAAGAUGCCGGCCCCGUCGAGAACAAAGACGGCGAAAGUCCUUCGGAACAACUGGACUUGCCUGGCGUUAUGGCGCCGCGACUGCCGACCACCGGCGACGAGCCGACGAAGUUCUCCGAAUUGAACCUGAACCCCAAGACAAUGCAAGCGAUCGAAGGCAUGGGAUUCACGGAAAUGACGGAGAUCCAACAGCGUGGAAUACCUCCCCUGUUGGCAGGAAGGGAUGUUCUGGGUGCUGCGAAGACUGGAUCCGGGAAGACUCUUGCCUUCUUAAUCCCGGCGGUCGAGAUGCUCUGCGCAUUGCGGUUUAAACCGCGAAACGGAACCGGUGUCAUCGUAGUGUCUCCCACGCGAGAACUGGCACUUCAAAUCUUCGGCGUCGCUCGCGAGCUCAUGGAGCACCACAGCCAGACCUUUGGCAUUGUCAUCGGUGGUGCCAACCGUCGCGCCGAAGCCGAGAAACUCGCCAAAGGGGUCAACCUUCUCAUUGCCACCCCAGGACGACUGCUCGACCACUUGCAGAAUACUCAAGGCUUUGUGUACAAAAACCUCAAGGCACUGAUCAUUGAUGAAGCGGAUCGGAUCCUCGAAGUGGGGUUCGAAGAUGAGAUGAAGCAGAUAGUCAAGAUCCUUCCUAAUGAUGAUAGACAGACCAUGCUGUUCUCCGCCACGCAAACUACUAAGGUUGAAGACCUUGCCCGCAUCUCAUUACGGCCCGGCCCUCUCUACAUCAACGUCGACUUCCACAAAGACGUGAGCACUGUUGAAGGCCUUGAACAGGGCUACGUAGUCUGCGAUAGCGACCUACGCUUCCGUUUGCUGUUUACGUUCCUUAAAAAGCACCCGAAGAAAAAGAUUAUGGUGUUCUGCAGCAGCUGCGCAUGCGUCACAUACUACGCCGAGCUCCUGAACUACAUUGAUCUACCGGUCCUCGACCUUCACGGCAAACAGAAACAGCAGAAGCGAACUAACACCUUCUUCGAAUUCUGCAACGCCGACCAAGGAGUCCUCGUUGCUACCGACGUUGCCGCACGAGGGUUGGACAUUCCGGCAGUCGACUGGAUCAUCCAGUUCGAUCCACCGGAUGACCCGCGAGACUAUAUUCACCGCGUCGGACGAACGGCACGGGGAUCCAAUGCCAAGGGCCGGAGUCUGAUGUUCUUACAGCCCUCCGAAUUGGGCUUCUUGAAGCAUCUGAAAGAGGCGCGCGUGCCCCUGGUGGAGUUUGAGUUGCCGGAGAAAAAGAUCCUGAACAUCCAGAGCCAGCUGGAGAAGUUGAUCUCCAAAAACUAUUACCUGAACAAAUCUGCCAAAGAGGGCUAUAAGUCCUACCUCCACGCGUACGCAAGCCACUCGCUGAGAUCGGUGUUCGAUAUCAAUAGUCUAGACCUCGUCAAGGUGGCCAAGAGCUUUGGGUUCAAUGCACCGCCACGGGUGGACAUCGUCCUCGGUGCCAGCAUGAGUCGGGACAAGAAGCCGGACGGUAGAAGAGCAUAUGGAAGCCAACCGAGCCAGGCGAAGAAGUUCCGAAAGAAGCGAGCGGACCUGGUGCGAACUUGA